GGCGUUCCGGGCGGGCGGCGGCGGCACCGCGCUCCCCUCCCCUUCCCUUCCCGCCGUCCCCUCCCCUCCCGCCCUUCGGGGAGCGCGGCCUCGGCGGCGGCGCAGCGCCACGGAGCCGCUCGCAGAUUGAGGCCGAGGUGCUGAUCCGGGCGCUGCUGACCCCAGCUGCCAGGAGGAAUCCAUGAGCAGACAACCUUGGAUAUGGACAUCGUCCUAUCGGAUUUUGUUCGCUCGACAGGGGCAGAGCCAGGACUGGCCAGAGACCUGCUUGAAGGUAAGAACUGGGAUCUGAGUGCAGCACUGAGUGACUUUGAGCAGCUACGGCAGGUGCACGCAGGGAAUUUGCCACACUCCUUCAACGAGGGACGCAGCUACAAACCCCUGGAGAAGGAGGCAGCCCGGCCCGGGCGACCACCGCUGCAGCGGCAGGAUGACAUUGUGCAGGAAAAACGCCUGUCUCGAGGCAUUUCCCACGCCAGCUCCACCAUUGUCUCCCUGGCCCGGUCUCACGUCUCCAGCAACGGCAGCAGUGAGCACCUGCUGGAGAUGCCCAUCUCCACCUUCCAGCUGCCCGACCUCACGGUGUACACAGAGGAGUUCCGCAGCUUCAUCGAGCGAGACCUCAUUGAGCAGUCAAUGCUGGUGGCACUGGAGCAGGCUGGUCGUCUGAACUGGUGGGCAAAUGUGGAUCCCAGCUGCCAGAGGCUGCUUCCCCUGGCCACCACAGGUGAUGGGAACUGCCUGCUCCAUGCUGCAUCCCUGGGUAUGUGGGGUUUCCACGAUAGAGAUCUCGUGCUUCGCAAAUCCCUUUAUACCUUAAUGGAUAAAGGUGUGGAAAGGGAAGCCCUGAAGCGGCGGUGGCGUUGGCAGCAGACACAGCAGAACAAGGAGUCUGGUCUCGUUUACACCGAGGAGGAGUGGCAGAAGGAGUGGAACGAGCUGAUCAAGUUGGCCUCCAGCGAACCUCGCGUGCACUACAGCACCAACGGAGGUGGCUGCGGAGGUGUUGAAAGCUCUGAAGAACCCGUGUAUGAGAGCCUGGAGGAGUUCCACGUUUUUGUCCUUGCCCAUGUAUUGAAAAGACCCAUAGUGGUGGUGGCAGACACGAUGCUGCGAGACUCAGGGGGAGAAGCCUUUGCCCCUAUUCCCUUUGGAGGUAUCUACCUUCCCCUGGAAGUUCCAGCCAACAAAUGCCACCGCUCUCCGUUGGUACUGGCAUAUGACCAAGCCCAUUUCUCUGCCCUGGUAUCCAUGGAGCAGAAGGAGCCCACAAAAGAUCAAGCUGUGAUCCCCUUGACAGACUCUGAGCAUAAGCUGCUCCCCAUGCACUUUGCAGUGGAUCCUGGGAAGGACUGGCAGUGGGGAAAGGAUGACAGUGACAACGUCAAACUGGCCAGUGUGACGCUCUCAUUGGAAGCAAAGCUGCACUUGCUGCACAGCUACAUGAAUGUUAAAUGGAUCACAUUGCCUUGUGACAUGCAGGCACCUUUGGCCCAGCCGGAAUCCCCCACAGCCUCAGCAGGGGACGAUGCCCGUUCAGCUGCGGAGUCAGGAGAGUCAGACAAGGAGUCGGUCUGCAGCAGCUCAGCAAGCAAUGGGGGCAGCAGGGGCUGCAAGGACAAAGAGAAACCAAAGAAAGACCGAGAAAAGGACAAGGAAAAGGAUAAAAAACGGGCCGACUCAGUUGCCAAUAAGCUGGGCAGCUUUGGCAAGACUUUGGGAAGUAAGCUAAAAAAGAACAUGGGUGGGUUGAUGCACAGCAAAACUAUCAAGGGAGGUGUGAGCAAUGGGCAGGGGGACACCCUGGAGAAGAAGAAAAAGGGAUCCUUGAAGACGAGAAAAGGCAGCAAAGAGGAAUCUUCCCAGGGAGACCUUUCGGUUCCUGGGGAGAAAAGCUGCAUGGGUAAAGCAGCCUCCGAGAAGCCCUCGGACCCCUACAAGUACAGCAACGAUGUGCGGCUGAGCCUCAGCAUCCUACGUGCUGCCAUGCAAGGGGAACGCAAGUUCAUCUUCGCUGGCCACCUGAAGACCGGCCACCGGCACCAGUAUCAGGAGGAGAUGAUCCAGCAGUACCUCCUGGAUGCUGAGGAGCGCUUCCUGGCUGAGCAGAAGCAAAAGGAGGCUGAGAAGAAGGCACUGGGGAGCGCUGCCCCUGCCAAGAAGCUAGAGGUGGAGGUGAGGGGUGAGGAAGAUCUGCACUGCCCCGUGUACCCCCAGCCCCCUCCAGCGUACACCAUCCACACCCCAGAUUUGGCCAUCGGAGCUAAAAUGGCUGCGUUUCCCUCCAGCUACUCAGGCGUCUUCACCUUCCCCAGGCCCUCCGUGGUCAGUGGCAGUGCAGAAGGGUCGCACCCCCCCAGCUACCACGAGGGUCGGCGACAGGUGGCAGGGGGGUCCUGCAGCAGCCUCCCCCCCUAUGCCACCCUGCCCCGGCACUGCGCUCAGGUGCGGCCGCAGCGUUCCCACGUGGGAAGGUUCUCUCCCACAGACAUGGACGUUCACCCCAGCUUCCCCACGGAGUGCGAGGCUCCUGCCUGCAUUCCCCCCCAGCACAGCAAUGGUUACCGGGAGUACUUGGAGCAGGACAGCCCGCAGAAGGGAGCACCUGUGGACAGAACGAGAGGCAGGGUUCUUUAUAGCGUUCAGCAGACCAAAUGCAAGCAGCCAAACUGCAGCUUCUAUGGGCACCCAGAAACUGGGAAUUUCUGCUCCUGCUGUUACAAAGAGGAGCUGAAACGCAAAGAGCGCGAGGCGCUGGUGCACAGGUUCUGAGUGCUGCCAGGGCGUUGCUGGCUGGACCUGCGGCACGUGGGGAAUGCAAUAAUGGUGUCGUUUAUCCCCGCGCUCCUCUCGCUGGCUGGAAGGAGAGAGUGGGCUGACAGAGGCGUUCAGCUCUGUGCUGCGGAGAAGAUCUGGGAGAGGGGCUGGGAGGAGCGGUCCCUCCCUGCAGAGACUCAGGCAGAGGGCUCAUCCUGCCUAGGUGGGAUCAGCACAGGGUGUGCUCAGGUGGGAGCUGUGGUUGGAAGAGGGUUCCCAGCGAUCCGUAUCCCAGACCAAAGCUUUCAGCUGGACCCUGACAUCGCCUCACUCCAUAGUGCUUCCCAGAAUGGAGCAGAAUGCCCUACGAUCUCAGUAAGGAAGUCACAGACCUUUCAACGGAGAGUUUUUUUUUUUUUUAACACUUUAUUUUUUUCCUGGUACUGAGAGAAAUGUAGUUGGAAUGGGAUGUUAUCAUUUUGUUUCAGUUGAACUGAGCCCAUCGGAUGUCUCAGCGCCUUCAGCACCACAUGGGGCUCUGCCCUCCCACCCACAGGCUCAGCUCUGUUUUUUAAAUAUUGUUUUUUAAGCUCUUCAGGAGGGUGGGAGGGGGACUGAGGAUGGUCUCAGUGCUGAAUGGUGUUGAGUUUUCCUUCAGCAGCACUGUGCAGAGCCGUUCUGUUGGCGGUACAGAGAUGGACAGAAGGCAGGUCGGUGCCCCACCAGCAAUACCUCCAGCGUGGAGCAGGAGAGAGGACAGAGCCCUGCAGCACAGGAGGUAACGCCGCGCCGCGCUGCCCAUAGCUUCCAGCCCUACGUGGAUACACGCGAUAACCUUCUACUUGAGCAAGCUACUUCCAUACUACCUCUGUUCUGCUGAAUAGAAUUAACUUGGCUCCAUUUUGCUGAGCCACGUAACUGACCUUUAGGCUGAGUAAUAUUAAAGAUAUUUUUGAUAAUAGGGCUAAAGAGUGACAUGUAAGGAAAGCGAACCCGUAACUGCGUAACUCUCACACGCGAUGUGGUCCACGGCGUUCCCCGCUCAGCCCUGCAGCGGUCGGAGCAGUCCCCGGCAUUCACGUCUCGCAGAGGGGGCUAUGAUUCAGCACUGCAAUGUUUGCACAGAUUUUUUUGUAAUUAGGGAUCCCAAACCGGAUUCAAUCCUUGGCCCAGUCCUGUAUAGAGUGAGGUUCAGCAUUUUACCACAUGGAAAUAAAAGACGAGUUCUGCCGAUAACUCAAAGCUUUACAACAUUCCCUUGUUGUUUUUCAGAAGGCAUCCAACUAUGCAAUCCCUCCCUGUGCUGCUGCCCUUCACGGGGAGGACCGGGCAGAGAGCGUGCAAGUGUACUUACCUGGACCAUCGCCCAGAGCCUUACUCACAGAUCUUGGUUCUGACAGCAGAUUCUGCCCAUUUAAUGUAUGAAAUCCCACAGAACUUAGGACCUUUCUCCCGGAGGUGGCCAUUAGCGCAGUGCUGUGGUGCUGCAGGGCACACUCCGGACUCAGCUGGAGCUCAGCUGGUUGUAAAUAGCAGAGUUCUUUCACCAGUUUCACUAACUGAAUUCUUUUUGGUUUCCCUACCCACCGCUAAUCUGAGUGUAGGUCGGCUGUGAGCGAUGUGAAGUAGUGGCAGUGCCAGUGGGGUCCCAUCAGGGGCUCAGCGCCCGCCCCUAUGGGAACGGCACACGGUCAGUGCAGGGGGCUGCAUGGGCUCUCAUUGCAGUAGGAUGCUCCAUGCCGCAACCAUGGUCAGUGCAGGAGAGGGGGGAAGGCGGAGCCCACUGCUUCCCCGUCCCCAUGGCCAUGGUCUGGGGGAAACAUCUCCAUUUCAGAGACUCCAGCAGCAGGCUGAGCAAACCGGGGUCUGGGUUUGGCACCGCUCUGUGUUUGGUGAUAGCAAAGUGCUGUGAGGGAAGAAGUGUAGGAGAGCAGUGGUUGGAUGGAUACGUGCAACCAUGUUGGUUUCAGGGAAAAAAACAAAACCCAUGGGUGUGGGAAGUGUUGGUGCAGGUGCCCACGGGGUCGUCCCAACAGAAAACCAUCUCUUACCCCCUGUGGAACUGCUGCUGCUUCUCCUCCUAAGGGUUUUGGGGGAGAAAAUAGCUUUUGGAGGAAUGCUGCGUCCCCCCUGCGUCUCCUGGGGGAGAGGAGAAAGGGGUCUGAGGGCUGUUACCCCACUGCUGGGACAUGGGUGCAUCAGUUUCCCAUUUUGGUGUUUUUGCACAUGCAGCAGUGCAUGGUGCAGGACCUUCCCCACGUGCUCUGCCCUUCAUACUGUGGUUUGUGGGGUUUGUAGCUUUUUUACAAACAAAAUUGGGGAGGAAAAACGAACAAACAAACCUUCAGGCAAAAUGAGGUUUCCAGUGAAGUGAUUUAAAGUGUAUUUUUUCUAUGAAGCACAGACCCUGAGCAUCCCCUGACCUCACAGGUGGCAGUGGCCACAUUUCUUUGGGAUUUUUUCAGGUCAUUUUUGUUUCCUUUAUGGUGAAACGACAUUUUUUUUUUUUUUUUUUUUUUUUUAAGGGAUCCUUCAAUACAAAUUCUAUUAAUUGCAAAGAUCUUCACCAUCCACUGGUUCUUUCCUAGGGCCACACUGCAGCCUGGGGCAGCUCUGGGGUUAGACACCCAUCUUUAUGAAUGGGGCUGGAGGGAGAGCAGCCCAUCUCCAACACACCUCUUCUAAGGGGAAGCACCAAGCUGCUUGGGGACGGGGUGGCUGCAGCGAUGCUGAGGGCUUCAAGUGCACUUAUUGGUGUGGUUGGAGGAGUGCUGGGUAUCCCCAGUUUGUCCCACCUGCAGGCUGAGCUCCAGUUUGGACCCACAUGUCCAUCGCUGGAUGGGGCGCUGUGGCACAAGAGGUGACCUGAAUGAAUUCUGCAGAUCUGGACAAAAUGCUUUUCUUUUUCAAUUUUUACUGGAAUUAAGGCUGGUGACCUUUCCCCUCCUCCCCCCCCCCCCCCCCCCCCCCAAAAAAAAAAAAAAAAAGCUGUACCAGCACUGGAUGGCGCGUUGUAUCGGGCUGUACCCACUCCUUUCUGCUUCCAUGGCCUCACUGACAAUAAACACUGUUCCUAA